AUGUUGUGUUGCCUCAUCCUGGGGCCUAUCCAGUCAUUCAGCCUGUCGGUCAGUCAGUCCUUCCCAACCGGCACACACUUGGUUGGGUGGUCCAAGCAAGGAGAAGGCCAGACUAUAGGUCUGAUCCCCCAAACCUUGCCGCCUCUGCAGAUCUCAGAGAUCUUAUUUGUGGCCAUAUACAGCGCCGAGUUCUACAUGAAUCUCUACGCGGACCCCAUUGGCUUCUGGAAGGACGGCUACAAGCUGCUAGACUUGAUGUUGAUCAUCGUCAUCUCAUUCCCCUACGCUCUCUACAAGAUCAAGGGCAAGCACUACCCUCACCUCAAGAUCGCUAGUGGCAUGCAGUCUCUGCGCAUCCUCAAGCUCAUCACCUAUAGCCGGGGCAUCCGGACGCUCAUCACCGCCAUUGGGCAGACAUUCUACACUGUGGCCUCCGUGCUCAUCCUGUUCUUCAUCCUGAUGUACAUCUUCGCUAUCCUGGGCUUCUGCCUGUUUGGAGCUCCAGAUAAGGGUGACCAGGAAAACUGGGGGAACCUGGCUGUGGCCUUCUUUACCCUCUUCAGCUUGGCGACGGUUGAUGGCUGGACAGACCUGCAGCAGCAGCUGGACAGCAGGGAUUUUUUUCUGAGCCGAGCAUUCACCAUCAUCUUCAUCUUGCUUGGCUCCUUCGUAUUCCUCAGCAUGUUCGUGGGUGUGAUGAUCAUCCACACCGAGAACUCCAUCAAAAAGUUUGAGCGGGAGCUGUUGCUGGAGAGGCACAUGACGCUCAUGAAAGGGAAGCAGGUGAUCGUGAAGCGGCAGCAGGAGGAAGUCAGCAGGCUGAUGCAGACACAGGCAAAUGUUGACUACAAAAGUUUUGGUGAGCUGGUGGAGAACUUCAAGAACACCCUGGAGCACACUGACCCCAUGGUCUUGGAUGAUUUUGGCACUAGCCUGCCCUUCAUCGACAUCUAUUUGUCCACUCUGGACAACCAGGACGCUACGAUUUACAAGCUCCAGGAGCUGUACUACGAGAUUGUGCACGUGCUGAACCUGAUGCUUGAUGACUUGCCCCGGAAGAAGCAGCUCCACUCCUCGGCAAAGGUUGACGAGAAGUAGUGCGACUGGGCACGCGGCGCUGAGGGCCUCCCAGGCUGGGGCAGCCCCCAUUAAACACAGGCUUUCUGAACCCGCCUCUUCACGGUUGCUGUGAUCAUGGCGUUUCCCCACCUUUGGGGGUUGGGUCUGGAUAGGUGCCCAUGAAGCCUGAUCCUCUGACACCAUCUACCUCAUGACACAGCCAGGCCUCUGGAGUGGGAGAAGGAGGCUCAAGACUCCUCCGGGCCAGUGGCCUCUUCCAGGGCCACACUGGGUCUCUUUUCCUUGACCCCAGCAGCAGGGCCCCACUGUGUUCCUGGGAAAGCCACCUGAGUGGCUCCAGGCCUAGCAGCCCCGAGUGCCUGGCCCCUUUGAGCUGAUGUGGCCUCUUCCCUCGGAACCUCUCUGGGCUCACCUAUGGGCCGUCCCCACACCUGGCAGAGCUGCAG